AUGAAACGAGGAAAGACAGCUGAACCGGAUGAGCUCCCUCCCACUAUUUUCAAGAUUGGGGGUGAUAACCUUGUAAGCUCUAUCACUACCUUACUGCACAACAUUUGGACGCAAGAGCACAUUCCUUCAUCUUGGGUCGAAUCACUGAUCGUUCCCAUUUUCAGAAAAGGAUCACGAUCACGAUUACGAAAACCACCGCGGGAUAAGUUUGAUCCCAAUCGUCACGAAAGUGCUAGCCUUGGUCAUACUUCGACGUCCGACAGCUGUAGUCCGAUCGACCAAUCGGAGUAUCAAGGUCGCGAUCUGAUUGGUGCGUCACCACGUCGUGCCUGUACGCCCAAUUUACAUACUUAUAUUCGAAUACCGCAUCCGGACCAUGAAUUCCGCUCCGAUUAUCGUUCUCCAGUCCUGUUCACCCACCCGUAUCAUUGUUGGGGUCUAACUAAGAGGCGCCGGUACCGAUCGUACGUCUAG